GCUUCAAUUAUUUACAACUUUUAAUACCCCGUGCGAUUCGAGUACGAUAUUAUCAUUCGCAUUGAGUUUUAGAAGAAACGUACAAAAUGAGUGCAUUUGGCGCUAAACGGAAAGCGCGCAAAAUUACAGUACAGGACGAUGACGAUGAUACAAUUUCAACUGAAGCCUUAAAUCCACCAGAAGAACAAGGUCCAGCAAUACAACCAUCAUUUAAGACAAAUCGCAAACCAUUUAAACAGUCGUCCCUGCGGAAAAGUAUAAACAUCAAUAGAAUCGAAGACGACACACCCUCAAAUCAACAAUCCGCAUCUACAAAUAACAAAGAUGAAGCAGACGAUGAUGAGGACGGAGGUGCUCCUUUACGGAUUCGUCCACCACUGGGAGGAAGGACAGCUUCUACCAAGGCCAAGAAACGAGCUUCUAAGUCCCGACUCUCAUUCGGCGGUCCUACAGAAGAUGCUCCUGAAGAUGAAGAUUCCAUGAUAUUAGGGGAGGAAGUAUCAACACCUAAACGAGGCAACACACUCGCACACGCAGCAGCCGAGAAUAGCGCCUACAAACGAGCAAUCGCCAAAAACCUACCUCUGAACCGACUACCUAUGCGCUCCGCCGACACCGACGAGGAUCGUCCACGGUAUAGCAAAGAAUACCUAUCCGAGCUUCAACUCUCAACCCCCAACACACCCCAAAACCUCGCCAAACUCCAUCCAACAUCCGACGAUGAAAUGAGUCUCGACCCCUCCGAACUCGAAGGCGCCCUCGUCGUCGAAACCACACCCACAACAUCAGCGCCCCCUCCGAACCCCACAACCAUCCUAACCGAGACCCAAAUCCGGGAGAAAAAAGAGCGGCGGGCGCGAUUAGCCAAAGAAGGCGAAACAUCCGACUUCAUCUCCCUCUCCGACUCCGACAACGACCGCCGCAACCACGGGGACUCUUACCUAACAGUCUUAUCCCAACGCCCCCAGCACUUACCCAAAAAGGCGCCCACGCGUCUAGUACCCGAAGAUGAAGACCUAGGCGAAGGCUUCGACGAAUUCGUCAACGACGACCCACUCUCCCUAGGCAAGAAAGCCGAGCGCGAAGCCCGCCGCAAACGACGGGCGGAAAUGGCGUCUCUAAUAACCGCGGCCGAGGGCUCGGAUAACGAGGCUUCAUCCGAUGACUCCGAAGCCGAGAGACGCGCUGCGUAUGAGGCUGCGCAGACGCGUGCUGGUAUGGAUGGAUUAGCUGAGGAGCGGGAACAGCAGAAAAGGAGAUUGGGUGCGGGAGGGAAUGGGUAUCAUAUGGCUAUUCCGAAGAUUACGCCGUUGCCGGAUUUAAGUGUUUUAGUGGAGGAGUUUAAGGCGAGGAUGAGGGGGAAGGAAGAGCAGAUUAGUGAAUUGAGGAUGAGGAUUGAGGAUGUAAGGAGGGAGAGGGAGGGGAUUUUGAAGAGGGAGCCGGAGGUUCAGAGGUUGUUGAAUGAGGCGGGGGAGAGGUAUCGUGCGUUGAUGACUGGUGGCACUGCUACUGGAGCUGGGGAGACGGUGGCGAAUGGGGGUGCGAGUGGGAAUGAAAGUGGUGAUACGAAUACUACGACAGACAAUUUCGCAGCAGCAAAAUCGCUUUUAGAGCAAGUCAGAUCCAACGCUGGUACACCCGGGCAAAGAGGACUCGAGAGCUUAGGAACGACGCCGGUGCGACAACGGCAACAAUCAGAGAUGGAGAUAUAAAUUUAGAUGAAGGCUAUGAUACCCAAUACUAAAGUCUUCAUAUUAUGAAGAUACUUCAAGUCAAUUUAAUGAAUCUUAUUGAUAAUGUCUUGAACCUUCUACAUAAUGAAAAUACCGUG